AUACUUAUAUAUAGCAUUUGCUGCGAUUAUAAAAAAGGAACAAAUCAAGUAUGGAGAAGAGUGGGGAAAGCAAUAGCAGAAGUAGUAGUUUCAGGCUGGGCUUGGGCUUGGGUGCGAAUGAGGCUAAAGUUCACACUGUGGUUGAGCUCGGUAAUGUUGACACACACACACACACUAGUCUUCUUCAAGAUGGUGGCGAUGUUGGUGAGGAGAGAGAGAAAGAACAGAAACCUCUUAAAAACUCUCUCUCUCCUCGCCAGAUGAAGUCCCUUGUUGCUCUCUGUGACACCAUCUUGCCUUCCAUCAAAGACAACGUUGUUGGGUCCUCCGAUGAUUCUGUCGCCAACUUCUACCGUAUGUCAGCUUCCAUGGCUGGAACACCUGAGCGUCUUGGAAUAUUGAUAAGUGAGAAACUGAAACACCCGAGUACAUGGUUGUUGCGGUUGGCAUUAUGGUUACUGUCUACAUGGUUUGGCACGUUUAUAUUCUGUGGGAUCUUUAGCCUCUCAACAAAGUUCCCUUUCUUCCAUAGCUACCCUGAAUUGUCUCCACCCAAACGCCAGAAAGCUAUGCAAUCUUGGUCUCAUAGUUUCUUUCGUCUACUAAGGAUGUUUUUCAGGACUAUCAAGCUUCUCAUUGUCCUUGUCUUCUUCACUCAGCUAGAUGAAGCAGAAGAAAACCCAUCAUGGAAAGCAAUUGGGUAUUGUGGACCUGAUCCAGAGUUCAAAAUACAGUUGAAGAACCACUUUUUACGUAGAACAUCAAAAGAAGGAGGACAAGAGGAAAAAGAAAAUGAUAAUGAUAACAACGAUGAUGAAGAGGUUAGAGGACCUCUUUACAAAGGCCUUGUGCAUAUAAAUAACCCACGAGACAUCAUUACUGAUUCUCUAAGAAAAUUUGGAUUCUCAGUGUCUUUUAAUCCUCGAAAGACCAAGGCUUCUAACAUGUCCUCUCCUUCUUUAGUUAUCCAAUGUGAUGCAGUGGUUGUCGGUUCUGGUUCCGGAGGUGGGGUGGUAGCUGGGGUUCUUGCAAAAGCUGGUCAUAAAGUUCUCGUUUUAGAGAAAGGAAGCUAUCGUGCUAGGAACAAACUUUCCCUUCUUGAAGGACCAAGCAUGGAUCACAUGUACCUUUCCAAUGGUUUGGUUGCAACAGAUGAUAUGUCUGUACUAAUACUUGCAGGAUCCACAGUUGGUGGAGGGUCUGCAAUAAACUGGUCAGCUAGCAUUAGAACCCCUCAGCAUGUAUGCAAAGAGUGGUGUGAUAGCCAUGAGCUUGAACUAUUUGAAAGUAAGUUUUAUAAAGAAGCUAUGGAUGCUGUGUGUGAGAAAAUGGGGGUCCAAUCUGAGAUUAAUGAGGAAGGAUUCAACAAUGCAGUGCUAAGAAGAGGGUGUCAAGAAAUGGGGUAUCCUGUGAAUAACAUUCCAAGGAAUGCUUCACCAGAUCACUAUUGUGGCUGGUGCUGCAUGGGAUGCAAGGAUGGAAGGAAGAAGGGUACAUCGGAAACAUGGCUAGUGGACUUGGUGAAAUCAGGCAAUGGUGCAAUCAUUCCGGGUUGUGAGGCUAUACAAGUCUUGCACAAGAAAGAGAAAGGAAGAGACAGAAAAAUAGCAUGUGGAGUGGCUUUUGCAAUUGAAUACAAUGGAAUCAAAGACAUUUGUGUGGUGGAAUCCAAGGUCACAAUUGUAGCCUGUGGAGCACUCAGUACUCCAACAUUGCUUAAAAAAAGUGGCUUGAAGAAUGCAAACAUAGGUAGACACUUGCACCUUCAUCCAGUGGCAAUGGCUUGGGGCUACUUCCCCGAUGAACCUUCUUCACCUGAACUGUGGCCAGAGAAACAUAAAAAAAGCUAUGAAGGGGGAAUUAUGACAGCAAUGUCUACAGUUGUUGCACAGUUUGACAAAUCUGGAUAUGGUGCAGUGAUCCAAACACCUGCAUUGCACCCUGGUAUGUUCUCAAUUCUAAUGCCAUGGACCUCUGGAAUGGACUUAAAAGAUAGAAUGUGCAAGUUUUCUAGAACAGCUCAUGUAUUUGCAUUGGCAAGGGAUAAAGGAUCAGGAACUGUGAAUUCACCAACCAGUAUAAGUUAUGAGUUGAAAGGUGUAGACAAAGAGAAUUUAAAGAUUGGAAUUGAGAAGGUACUGAGAAUUCUUGCAGCAGCUGGUGCUGAAGAAAUUGGGACUCAUAAUAAUAAGGGAAGGAGCAUAAAUGUUAAGAGGGUCAGUUGUCAUGAAUUUGAGAAGUUUGUUAAAGAAGAAAGUUCAAGGUCUUUAACAGACCUUUCAACACCACUGUGUUCAGCACACCAAAUGGGGAGCUGUAGGAUGGGUAAUAAUCCAAUGGAAUCAGUAGUAAACCAAAUGGGGGAAACGUGGGAAGUGGAGGGUCUUUAUUUGGCAGACUCAAGUGUCUUUCCUACAGCUUUGGGUGUGAAUCCAAUGGUCACUGUUCAGGCUAUUGCUUACUGCACUGCACAAUAUGUUCUUGAAGUUCUUAGAAGGAGAAGAAGAUGAAGGGAAGAAAAAAAAGAUAAAUAUGAUGGUUAUGUAAAAGCACAAGAUUACUCAAAUUUCAAUAAUGUUAAGGGUGAUGCUCAACCAUCAAUGAAAGAAUAGCACUAGUCUGCCAUUGGAUAUAAUUUUACUACUUCAUAUCACAUAUAAUGUAAGCACUAAUGCUUGUAAUUUAGACAAGCCUAAUGUUUUGUUUCUGCAUCAUGAAACCCAUCGCUCCAUUAAUCAUAUAAGUUAUAACAAGCCUAUUGUUUGCUUCUGCAAAAGCUUGUAGAAAACAUGAAAUCAACUUUUCGUAUGU